GUGAUGACUGUCUUCACCUGCGAUUUGACAGGCGUGAGAGCCAGUAAGUGGGUAGUGACCUUCUCCAGGAAGGACAUCUGCGUUUGGGCCGGAACCACGGUAACGCUCCCCUGUCGUUAUGACUACCCAUCGGGCUACAACGUGAGAAAAGUGAUGUGGUUUCACAUCUCGGCUGAGGAUCGCAGGGAGUGCGCCUACCAUACGGACCUCGGAGUGGUCAGCCCUUCCUUCAGAGACCGGGUCAAGUACAUAGGGGGAUACAAGAGGUGCAGCCUACAGAUCACCAAUGUUAAGCUCAGCGAUGCGGGCCAAUACCACUUCAGAUUUGAGUCAGACUACCAACACGGCCGGUGGACAUCAUCCGAUUCUGUCACCCUGUCGGUCACAGAGCUGCAGGUCCAGGUGCGGCCGGCCCGGGCAGGAAACCUGUUUGCGGGGGGGGAGACGGUCUACAUGACGUGCGUGGCCAGGGGGUGCGCUGCUGCGGGGAAGACCUUCACCCUCCUCCGGAACGGGGUCAGUUUGGGGUCGUCAGAGAAGUCCUCCACCAUCUACAACUUCAACAGCCAGCACGCCGGCACGUACAACUGCCGACUGAUCCCACCACAGAACGUUCUGUCACCAGGGAUCAGCCUGGCUUUAGGGUAUGCCCCCCGUUCCACAAAGGUGGACAUCAUUCCCCGGGGGGCCAUAGCGGAGGGGGGCUCGGCGACUCUGACCUGCAGCAGUGAUGGCGCCCCUGCAGUGGAGAGCUUCGCCUGGUUCAAGGAGGGCGAGAGCGGCAGCUUGCCGGACAGCUUCAAGCCCACGCUGCGCCUGUGGAGGCUGGAGUACUCGGACCACGGCGCCUACGUCUGCGUGGCCCGCAACGCGCUGGGCACUGACCGCUCCAGACCUACCCUGCUCAACGUCACCUACGCUCCCAAGAACACUAAGAUUCUCAUCAGUCCGAAAGGGGACAUCAUGGAGGGCUACUCAGUGAACCUGACCUGCAGCACCAACGCAAACCCUCCUGCAGAGAGAUAUGCCUGGUUCAAGGCCAACGCAGGGCAACCCUGGACCAAGUGGUCAUCGCAGAACCUGACCUUCCCCAGCGUCCGCUCCCCCCACAGUGGAAAGUACUACUGCACCGUGUGGAACGUGUUCGGCCAGCAGACAUCGCCGAUAGUGUCCCUGGCUGUGCUGUACGCACCCAAGAACACCUCGGUCUGGGCGCGUCCAUCCAACGUGAUCGACGCGGGCGGCUCGCUGACCCUGACGUGCAGCAGCCAGGCCAACCCGGCAGUGGAGAACUACACCUGGUAUCGGAUCAAUGCCGCUGACGCCUGGGAAACCCGAUCGGGCCCCAGCUACACCAUCGCUGAGGUCAGCCCCCGUGCCAGCGGCCAGUACUACUGCGAGGCCCGCAAUCGCAUCGGCACGCACAGCUCCCCAGUGCUCACUGUUCGGGUGCGAGGUCGAUUGAAGGUGAUAGCUCUUGCCUCUGCCAUGGGAGUGACUGUGGGACUCAUCUCACUCACGGUGGCUGUCAUGAUCAGCAAGAACAUGCACAGAGUGGACCCGGAGCACCACGGGCAGGUGAAAACGCGGAGGUCAGCAGUGAUGCCUGAGACACUAUUCUACGAGUGCCCACAGGAUACCUUUCAGCUCAGGAGUUCCAAGAUGACCGACAUCCCGGAGGAACCAGAGGAGUCUUGUGAUGACACUGAGAGCAUGGACAGCCUGCACCCAUCCAUAGUGCCCUUGACAGAGGUCACACAGAACACCGAAGAUGAUGGCAAGCUCAAUUACAUCACUGUUCAUUACUCUAGAAUGCCCAGUUUGGACCAGGUGCAGAUCACUCAUCUACCACUAGAUGGCAAUAAAGGCAGCAGGGAUCGAUCUAAUGUCAUUUACUCCGUCUUAUCCAAUGAGCAGCCAUGAAGUUACUGCUUAGAUGUACAACUAUUUGACAUUUACACCCACAUUCAUUUCCUUGUGCAGACUGGAUAUCAAGUUUUAACUCCCUUCGCCUACAAGUUGUGUACAUGGUUUGAGCACAAAAUAAGAUUAAAUUAAGUUUAGAAACAGUUUGCUUAAGACAAUAGGCCUAAGGGAAAAUAAAUCAUGUGUCUUCUUAGGUUAGGUUGACUCCUUAGGUUGACUUGGGAGGUCAACCUUUGAAUAUGGACAGGGGAAACGUCUCUGUCCUGUCCAGCCAUGGAACAGCACCCUAUGAUGACUUCACUUAUUGUGCUGACGAGAUUGGUACUAUUUGUCUGUCCAUUUGUCAUUUCUUAUUUUGCUAUACUAACAUUCCAUGUGAACAACUGAAAUUUAAAAAUUCACUUUUUUUCACAAAUAAGAAAAUAUUAAACGUUUAGCCUAGCUUUUGAUAUGAUACCAAAUAUUAUGUCAGUUUGAAUUACCCAUGUGAUACUGCGUCCUGUGCUAUCAUAAAUUAAAUGUCUUGCCAUUAUAUUGACCCUCAUGUCAGUAUUUAGUAGUUGGCUGUGAGUUCACUAAAUGCACUAAAUAAGCCAUUUAAAAAUAAGGACUCAAACACUAGAAUUCAACCGAAAAAGGAAAGAUUACUUUUUAUGUCAAGAUUACGUCAUCUGAUUACAUGAUGAUGUACAAGGGGGAAGGAUUAAGACAAUUAAACCAAUGUUUGACUACUUACAAGACAUGGAGAACACAGCAAUAAAAAAUGUAACUACUGUAAGGUCAUUAUAGAUUACGUACAUUGUACCAAAGGCACGCAAUAUGAGGCUGACCAUACAAAUUGUAACAAGGAUGCUUCUCUUUUUUCUUUUUUUUGCUGAAUGAUCACCAAUUUAGCGGAAAAGGACCAUGGCAGUAUCAUAUUUGUUAAAAGAUGUAUGCUGAAUAAGAAAUUAAAUGCUCAU